UGCACACAGAGAGAGACACACGCACACACACACUUACACACACGUACACAGAGAGGGAGAGAGCGAUCACAUAAACAGCAUCACUAACAGGCAGACAUAAAGAUUGAAGAGUGCAGUCUCAUGGGCAGUGAAGAAAGAGGGAAAGAUGAGAUUAAUUUGAAUGGCUUUACUUAGACAGCAGUGAAAUUACCCAGGGGUUCAAUAAAGAGUGGAUUGAAAGACAGAGGAGCGUGAUUUAAUCCUCUUGGCAUGCGAGUGGUAUCCCCAUCUUUUCGGCACUGAGUCUGGUGGUCACCCUCUGUGUCUGUGUGUGCUGCAGAGUUUGUUGGUGCUGUUGGGACAUUUCAGACUGGAAUGUGUCUGAGUUAACCUCAGGGGGCUUUCCGGAAGACACCAUGCUGGGGAAGGAUUACAUGCUCGCCAUCAUCAUCGUCAACUAUGACGAUAACAUCUGGAAUGAUCAGACACUGGAGCUGGACUCAGAUCUGCCUCCAGGAUGGCGAACUAUACGGGACAGCACUGGCACCUAUUAUUGGCACGUGCCCACAGGCACCACGCAGUGGCAACAUCCCUCUUACAGCGCAGAGGAGGAACAAAACACUGUUAACAGCCUCACAGCCAACCAGUUCAAGAGCGCUGCGGAUGGCAGGUGGGAAUCGAGAGGCAGGACUGAAAACCCACUGGCGUCUCCCAGUGAAAGGCCCUCCUGGCAGGAAGAGUAUUUCUGUGCUAACAUGGAUCCUGGCUCCAAGUGUUUUGCCGUGCGCUCCCUGGGUUGGGUCGAGAUCCCAGAAGAAGAGCUGACUCCUGGCAAGAGCAGUCUAGCUGUCAACAACUGCAUCCAACAGCUGUCUCACAGUAAAGCCGAGGGCCGGGAUGCUGUUGGUGCCUGGGGAGAGGGUCAAGAUAUGAUGAUGGUGCUGAAGAAAGACACACUCAGUUUAAUGGACCCUGUGGACCGCAGCCUCAUCCAUUGCCAGCCCAUAAUCAACAUUCGUGUUUGGGGGGUCGGAUGCAACAAUGGAAGGGACUUUGCCUUUGUUGCCAGUGAUAAAGACACCUGUAUGCUGAAGUGCCAUGUGUUUCGUUGCAAUGCUCCAGCCAAGACCAUAGCAUCUGCACUGCAUGAGAUGUGCUCCAAGAUCAUGGCAGAGAAGGCAGUGCUGAAGCCCUCUAUAGCUCGUUCUCUCACCAUGGAGAGCAUCUCCCCGGAGGACUUACCCCGACAAGUGGACUUCCUGGAAGCAGUAAGGCAGAGGGUGCAGAAGUUUGAAGUGGCGUACAUUGGAAACCUGCCUGUCUCCAGAGCAAUGGGAAUGGAAGUUUUGAACCGUGCUAUUGAGAGCAUCAUGCACUCCAGAGACAGAGAUGAGUGGGAGCCCAUUGUCAUCCAUGUCUCUGAUACAAUUUUGUCAUUAUGGAGAGGAGAGGAUGGAGAUGACCCCUUUUGGGAGUGUCAGGUACGUUACCUGACGUUCCUGGGUGUGGGUCACGACACACACACUUUUGCAGUCAUAGUGGAUGCUGGAACCCAGCGCUUUGAGUGCCACGUGUUCUGGUGUGAGCCCGAUGCUGGGAUCAUCUCUGAAGCGGUUCAGGCCGCGUGCAUGGUUCAAUACCAGAAGUGCUUGGUUGCCCAGACUCCUCCUGUGAGGUCCAAAAUGUGGAGGGCAGGGUCCAAAGUCAAACGGGCCAACUCCAUUGACGGCUCCAGCUUCCCACCCAGGCACCAAGGACACACAUCGUCCAAAUUGGCCUCUCCCAGCAUCAAAAAGGGCAUGAUGGCAUUUUUUGAGACAUUUCGUAAUAAACAUUCUGCUGUACAUACACCCUAGCAACACCGUAGUCUGGGGGAGGCGGGGGGUGAUUCUCACGAAAUCCAGAUUUAGAAGGUGUCCAGCAUCAGAUUUUUUUUUAAAAGCCAUCGAAGCCAAUUUUUUUGCACAUAUAAGAUUCAGGUCUGAAUUUACUAUAACCAUUAUUUUUAGAGUAUUUAAAAAUAUUUCCUAUAGAAUUAUUUACAUUUUUAAAAAUAUCAUUAUCAAAAAUGAUGAUUACCGCAACAUGAUAUUACAUUAAAUAUAUGCAUUUACAAACUCAUGUUUCAGUAAUGAGAACUAAAAAGUUGUCUAGGUACUAUGACACACAAAAUUUCAACUUUUAUCUGGAGAGAAAACAUAAGAACUGCUUACCUGGUAGCCAUCUUGAGUGUCACAGUCAAUUAUGUCUGUUCCAACUAUUUUUUUUUUAAAUAUUAGUUCCUCGAGGGCUUAAAC